GUGUCCUCUCCUCUCUGGCCGGAAGUUCAGGGACUGAAUGGAUUCCGGAGCCGGCUGCUGUAGCUUCUCAAUCUUCCUCUGAGGCUUGGCGGCCGCUGGGCCACCAGGUUCAUGUGGAGACUCCCGGGUUCCCGCGCCGCGCUUCGUGGGGUCCGCACGGCGGUGGAGCGGCACACUCGGGCCGAGGCGGCGACUGAGAAAGCGGCGGGCGCCAUGGAGCGCGCUGUAGUGCGCUGUGUGCCCUCCGAGCCUAAGCUAAGCCUGUCAUUCGCGCUGGCCGACGGCAGCCACAAGAACAUGCAGCGCGACCAAAGCGAGCCGCUGGGUCGGGCUCUCAGCCGGAUAGCAACCAAUGCCCUUAAAGGCCACGCUAAGGCGGCCGCUGCCAAGAAGAGCAGGAAGAACCGGCCAAAUGUAAGUGGUGGCGUGGCCUCUGCGGGGCCUGGGCCCGAGUCGACUGCGGCCUCCGAGCCCGUGGUGAAGCUGUACUACCGGGAGGAGGCAGUGGCUGAGGAUGUGCUCAACGUGGACGCCUGGCAGGACGGCGCGGUGCUGCAGAUUGGCGAUGUCAAGUACAAGGUGGAGCGCAACCCGCCCGCCUUCACCGAGCUGCAGUUGCCACGCUACAUCAUGGCCGGUUUCCCGGUUUGCCCCAAGCUCAGCCUCGAAUUUGGGGAUCCCGCCAGCUCCGUCUUCCGCUGGUACAAGGAAGCCAAAGCCGGAGCGGCAGAGCCAGAGGGCGGGGGCCCCUCGUCAUUGUCUCCCUCUUCACCCUCUGCUGGUUGGACGGAGACCGGUGUGAACGAGCGCGUCUACACGCCGUCCAAUGCCGACAUCGGGCUCCGACUGAAGCUUCAUUGCACCCCAGGCAAUGGGCAGCGCUUCGGGCCAAGCCGGGAGUUGGAAAGUGUGUGUCCCGUGGAGGCAGGGCCUGGCACGUGCACCUUUGACCACAGGCAUCUCUACACCAAGAAAGUGACGGACGACUCCCUCAUCCGCACGGUCUCUUACAACCUCCUGGCCGACACGUACGCCCAGACUGAGUUUUCGAGGAGCGUCCUUUACCCGUACUGUGCCCCUUACGCCCUGGAACUCGACUACCGUCAGAACCUUAUCCAGAAGGAGCUCACGGGCUACAACGCUGAUCUCAUCUGUUUGCAAGAGGUUGAUCGCAGCGUGUUUACAGACAGCUUGGUGCCGGCCCUCGAGGCCUUUGGGCUGGAGGGCGUGUUUAGAAUCAAGCAGCACGAAGGCCUGGCUACUUUCUACCGAAAGGCCAAAUUCACUCUCCUUAGCCAGCAUGACAUUUCUUUCCAUGAAGCCCUGGAGUCCGACCCACUUCACAAAGAACUGCUGGAGAAGUUAGUUUUGUACCCGUCUGCGCAGGAGAGGGUGCUCCAGAGAUCUUCUGUCCUCCAGGUUUCUGUUCUUCAGUCUACCAAGGACUCUUCUAAAAGGAUAUGUGUUGCUAAUACCCAUCUCUACUGGCAUCCAAAAGGUGGGUACAUUCGUCUCAUUCAAAUGGCAGUAGCCUUGGCUCACAUUAGACAUGUCUCGUGUGAUCUGUAUCCUGAUAUACCGGUUAUAUUUUGUGGAGACUUUAAUAGUACCCCAUCAACAGGAAUGUAUCAUUUUGUUGUCAACGGCAGCAUCCCAGAGGAUCAUGAAGACUGGGCUUCCAAUGGGGAAGAGGAACGGUGCAACAUGUCCCUUACCCAUUUCUUCAAAUUGAAAAGUGCUUGUGGUGAACCUGCUUACACUAAUUACGUUGGUGGCUUUCAUGGAUGUCUGGACUACAUUUUCAUUGACUUAAAUGCUCUAGAGGUUGAACAGGUGAUUCCAUUACCUAGUCAUGAAGAAGUUACCACCCACCAGGCCUUACCUAGUGUUUCCCAUCCCUCUGAUCACAUAGCACUUGUAUGUGAUUUAAAAUGGAAAUAGACUUGUGUUUAAUGGAAUCUGUCUGCGUUAGUAGGAAAUUUAAUAUGAAUCAAAGCUUAUGUCUAACCUUCAAAGAGGAAAACUAGUCAGAUAAAUGUUGUUACUCUACUAGUUAGUUCCAGACUCUUCAUUACACAACUGUUCAUAAUAUUUGCAGUUUCUCCACUUCUCUUUUUUUCCUAUUGUUGAAGGAAAAACAAAUAUAUUUAUGACUCCCAGGAAGAACAUUGAAUUAUGUACAUUUUUAUAAGUACCAUUUUUUUAAACUAGGAAUUAAGAAUUUUGUAAAAAAAACAAAAACAAAAACAACCCAUUUGAAUGAUCCUUUAAUUUUUCUAUCAUAACACAUUUCACAUUGAAUCAUGUUUGUAUAAUUAGGGAAGAAUGCAUACAGGUUGAAGUGAGAGGCCUAAGUCUGACAUGAAGGAGUAACAUUAGAGUCUCCCUCUACCUCAGGUUGGCUAGCUAUUUAAUACAACUUCAGAGCUUUAACAGAAGAUUAAAUUAUGCCAUCACCAAUUGUUAUUGCUUCUCAUCUUUAGUUUUUCAGUUAACAUAGGCUAUUAUCGUCCUGUUAUUUUUAGGAUUUUACUUUUUAGUAUGUGGUACAAAUAGACAUUUAUAUUCUUAUUCUUACUGCAGCUCAUUUGAACUUUUAGGAUGCAAGCAUAAUUUAGUGUUCAAAGUGAAUAACAGCAUAUUCAACUUGAUCCAAUUUUCUUCAAUAAUUUCUUGCCCAUGAAAAAUGUUCAUAAAUCAGUAGGGUAUUUGACUAUAUCGUAUUACAGAAUGCGGCAUAAGAGAUUACCUUAUGAGAAACUGCCUACUGAUAUGGGCUUGACAUUUUAGGUGAACCUUUGAGCAUUUCCCUGCUGGAAGUAUUUUUGAAAUUGUUGGGUUUUUAAAAAUAGAAAAGGGAGUAGUGGGGCUUUUGAGCAUUUCUAAAAUAAACUUUUCUUUUUAUAGACUUGAGCAUUAUAGCCUGAGUUAUAGGAAAACAUUGUAUAUAUAAUUUAUAUGCUAUAAAAAAUUUAAAUAUGAAGCCAAACUUUUUAAAAUUAGAAAUUGCAGUUUAGUGAUUAGUUUCUAGCCUAGAGUGGUAACUGAGCUCUUCUCAGUUUUUACCAUACCUUAUUUAUAAUGCUUUGGCUGUUACUUUCUAAUGUUCAGGAUAACUAUAAUGUUAUCUCAUAUUUCUGUGCUUAGUUUCUUUAUCUUAGAUAUUAAAUGCCCAUUCACUUCAAGAAUUCUGAUUUUCCGCAGACAUGAGAGCUUUUGUCCCAAAUUCGUUACUAAUUUCUAAACCCAAUACUGUAAGAACUUUUUUGAUAGAGUAGGCUGUCCUUUCAUAUUCUCACUAUCCACUGUCAACUCCUAGUAAGUUGUCUAUCAACUCCUAGUAAGUUUGAGAAUGAGUUUUAGAGUUCAUUUUGAACAUGAAAGUACUUAAAACACUGGAAGGGGAAAAUUAAAGUGGCAGUUUCCUGGGAUCUUCUUUAGAAAAAGCUGUAAAAAAAGUAGAUGCUAUCAAAUUGUGCCUUCCUAAAUAACAUCUUUGAGAGCACUUUAACAUUAGUUUAGAAAUACAUGAAUAUAUUAAUGCCAGAAUCUGAUUCUUUUGCAAAAUACAUAUUUUUUCUUUUUAAAAUGUGCUUUUGGUCUGCUUUCAAACAGGUUGACAGGACCCUUAAAAUAACUUUAGAGAAAAUAAAGUUUCUAAGCAAAAAGUUGAGAAACAUUUUGAAAAAAUAAAUGGGAGCAUGACAUGCUCACUCAUGCCCAUGAGGAUUUCUUUCAGAUUCUGUAUUAACACCAUGGCUAACUAGAUUGAACUCUUGGCUGGAAGAAAUAAUCACUUACCAAACAUUCCACAUUCUGAAUCUUUAAAUUUGACUCAGUGUGUGAUCAGAUUAUAUUGGCAUUUCAGAAUAGCAUAAUGUAGAAUCUUACUGUGAAGUGCUGUAUACUCUGGUCAGUAUGCAGAUAUAUUACUAUGAUUGGAGUCCAAAGGUAGGGAACACUAAGAAAAUUGUAUAAAUAGGAUACUAAAAUUAUCUUGUAUUCAUGAGUUAGAAUAAAGUGGUAUUCAGAAAUGUUUAUUAGCUUAAAGCCAUCUUUGUGAUUAAAUAUUUCUAUUUGGAUUUUUUAGUACAUUUAAUUUAAUAAAGUAUGGAAAGCACCUCUCUUUAUGGUGAACCCAUUUUAUGAUGUCACAAGUUCUUGCUAUAGGAAUUAACAUUCCAAAAUGGUAUAUUAUUGAUUACAAAAGACUAAGAAAAUUAUAGAACACUGUCCUAUUAAAUGAACUCUUACACAGUUGCCAUUGCAGACAUAUACUAUAGUUCAUAAUACAUUAGCAAAAAAAAUCACUUCUGGCUGUAAUGUGAAGUUCUUUAAAAUUCCGAAUACCAAAGUCAGUUUCAAAUUUCCAAGUAUUUCACUGGGUGGUGACUUUUCUGAGAGAACUAAGGCAGGCCUGAUAUCAGAAUGUGGCAUGGUGGUUUCAGUCUGGAGGUGUAUCUGAGAAACAGUACAAGGGAGAGGGUCCAAAGAACACUAUCAUAGGAAGAUCUGCCUAUGAUUCAUUAGGUCUCCUAUCAGAUCUAUUCUCCAACUAUAGGAAUAAAGGCAAAGGUCCCCUACAACCUGGUUUGAGGGAAAACUAAAAUACAUGUUAAUGAAAAUUAAAGAUCUGCAUUACUAGCGUACCAUAAAAUCCAAAUGACAACACAAAAGGGAAAAACACCCUAAAAAAUUAUAGCCAACACCAAUUCUUUAAUCAUAAUUCAAAGAUAUUUAAAUGUUUUGAAAGUUCUAAUACUUUACUCAACCUAGUACUAGAAGGAAACACCUAGAUUUCAUUUAGGGAGAAGAAACAGUUGAAGAUUUUUAACUGAUUUGGGUAAUCAAAUUCUGUGGUCCCAUUUAAUGAGAAAAUACAUGCUGUAGCAUGGAAGGUACCAGAGCUGUAUUGCAUGAUUUUUUAGUACUAGCCUGAGAACAAUAAGACCAUAUUUUGAGAGGAUAAUACCAAAGCAUUUUUUUAAUUGAAUUGAAAUUCAUGUAAGACUAACCAUUUUAAAAUUUCGAUUCCACUGUAUUUAGUACAUUCACAGUAUUGGGCAAUCAUUAUCCCCAACUAGUUCCAAAACAUUUUCAUCACCCCAAAAGGAAACACACUGACCUAUUAAGUAGUGUCACACCAUUUCCUCCCCUCCAGACCCUGGCAACUACUAAUUGCUUCCUUCCUCAAUGGGUUUAUCUAUUUUGGAUGUUCCACAUAAAUGGAAUCAUACAAUAUAUGACCAUUUGUGUCUGGCUUUCCUUUAUUUACGUUAAUGUUUUUAGAGCUCUUCUGUUUUAUGUAUCAGUACCUUAUUCCUUUGUAUGGCUGAAUAUAUUCUAUUGUAUGGUUAUACCACAUUUUGUUUAUCCAAAUGGGUGUUUCAGUUGUUUCCACAUUUUGGCUAUUGUGAAUAAUGCUCCUAUGAACAUUCACAUAUAUGUUUUUGUUUGAA